CGUCGGAGACAGAAUAUGAAAUCCCAAGCCAUUUCUUACUCCAAAUCAUCCGAAUAUCUGUCUCCGCAAGACCCAGAUCAAUGCUUUUUGACAACAUUGUUUGUGUGUGUGUGUUCUACAGGAAUCACUAGGCUGCCUGUUUUGGAAGGGGAAAUCAGCCACAUAGAGAUCCCUCGGCUCGCCACAAACCUGGGUAUCACCAUCGUAGGAGGAGCUGACACCGCUCUCCGUUGUGUUGUUGUGCAAGAAGUGUUUCCAGAGGGUUUGGUAUCCCAAGACGGUCGCCUUAAGCCUGGGGACCAGCUCAUAGAGAUCAAUGGCAUUGACAUGACAAAUGCUUCACAUCAUCAGGCAUGCCAAGCCUUAAGAAAAAUGAGCCCAGUUUUACGUCUUGGAGUGUAUCGAGAAAGGAUAGAAGCAUACAGCGCUCGCAUAUUAGCACACUACAUAGAAGAGAUCCACACAGUGACCUUGGAGCGACAGAGCAACCAGCAGCUUGGUGUCCGUUUGAGUGGCUGGUGGAUGGAGCAAGGCAUCUUCAUCCUGGAGAUCAUCCCAGGAAGUCCUGCUGCAAAAAGUGGUCAUCUAGAACCCUAUGACCGCAUCCUGUCCGUUAAUGGGGAGGAUGUGGCGUGCUGCAGGUUGGAUCACGCUUCAAGGCUCAUUCAGAGCAACGAGAAAGUGACGUUAGUGGUGGCUCGGAAGAAGCUGAACCGUAAUGCGCAAAGCAGAGAUGGUCAGCCGCUUCCAGUAUGUCAUGGAAGAACCAAAUCAGCCCCAGAGGCUCUUGGAACUAAUAUGCAACCAUCAGCAGCACCUGUUGGUGCAAGUAUGCAGACACAACAGCCAGAAUCCAUCAGUAAUGCCAACACUGAUCCAGACCUGCACUCACCACUGUUACAGUCACAGACCUGGCAGGCAAAGUUGCAGCAGAUAUCUCCAGAUAGGAACUUGAACAAUAUCGUAAAAGCUCUAUGCCACGAGCGAAGCCACAGCCAUUCAUGUGACGCACUGCAAAAUGUGGAAGGAAAACCAUGUCAGCAAUUGUCAUCACCACCUUGUGCAAGGCAUGUGCCCUCUUCUAUCAUAAGAAGGUCGUCUAAGGAAGUGACUGUCGAUGAUCUGGCUAUCAACAUCAAACGGAACCUGCAGAUAGAGGGUAUCCAGUUGCUUCAGAAAUGUGUAACAAUUAAUAAGGAGCCUAAUGAAAGUCUGGGCAUGCGAAUCGGAGGUGGACUGGGCAGUAACGAAGGGGACAUUCCCAUCUACAUUGCAAACAUUCAUCCACAAGGCUGUGUCGGAAAGACGCAACAAAUAUGGAAAGGUGAUAUUUUGCUGAAUGUGAAUGGAACCAGCCUGAUGGGCCUAACACACACGCAGGCUGUUGCAACACUUAAAGCUACUGUCGAGAAUACGCAGGUUUCACUGGGUGUUCUGGAGGGGCCAGAGACAUCUCUUGGAUCUCUCAACUUCAUCCCUUCAUGGUUAUACUGGCAGAAACUACCAAGGUGCCUUCAGUUUCCCAAGACUGUGAUCUUACAUCGGAGUCCUGGGGCAAGUCUUGGCUUCAGCAUCGUAGGUGGGGAGGAUCCUGUCCGAGGACCAGAAGCUAUUCACAUCCUGUUUGUUGUGCAAGACUCACCAGCAGCUAAGCAUGGAAAACUCAGGUGUGGUGACAGAUUAUUGGCAGUGGAUGGGCACAGUCUAGAAAAUGUGAAGCAUUCAGUGGCAGUAGCAAUGUUGAAACAGACAGGGAGCAAAGUGACGUUAGAAGUGGUGUCAUGGCUUGGGACAGAGCUGUAAACAUGCGUGAGUUCAUGAAACAACAAAGUUGUUGAUCCUCACACUCCGAGGCAGAGGAACAUUUUUUCAUAUCACAGUGAAUUAAGGAAUUAAACAAAAAGAAGGAAACAUUGCGAACAUUUUUUAUCGUCUUCAAGAAAAUAAAUUUAAAGUUUUUUGCCGAUGAAAUUCCUCUGAGGAAAACUCCUGUGCCAAUCUCCAUUGUGGCAGCUUGUAUGAAGUGCCAUUAUCUGUAAGAUUAUGCCUUGGUGGCCAUAUUGUUCUCCAUGAUAUUCUUCAAAUAAAAAGUUUGAGUGUA